GCGCAGAAGAUUUCAAGAAUUCAAAAAAGGCAGUUCAGGCCGUCGGAAAUAAGUUGUUGCUUAAAGUACAGCAUUUUCGCGUCUAAUAUAUUCUUCUUCGUCUUUGGUUUUGCUCUUUUGGCAAUCAGUAUUUGGGCGCAUUAUGAGAAGAACAAUACUUAUUCCCAGCUUAACAGAUUAUCGAAGUUAUAUUUAGAUCCAGUUCUUUUUCUCACUAUAUUGGGUCUCAUUAUUUUUGUGAUUGGAUUUAGUGGUUGCAUAGGCGCUCUGAGAGAAAAUACCUGUUGUCUGGCUUUGUACUCAACCAUAAUAGGCGUUGUUCUUCUAGCAGAAAUAUCAGUUCUUGCUGCACUUUUUAUGUCCAGGGACUGGUUAACACAAGAAGUUUUCGCGCGAUUGGAUGAAACUAUUGUUUUAUACAGAGAAGACCCUGACCUUCAAGCCGUUAUCGACUGGAUGCAGAUGUCAUUCAAGUGCUGCGGCAUGCGCUCACCUCAGGAUUGGGAAAGAAAUAUUUAUUUCAAUAAAUCCUCUGAAGCUAUUCAUUCUCCUGAAGCAGGUGGUGUGCCGUUUUCUUGCUGUGUCAAUCCGACACAAGGUGAAAAUGGUCCAGUGAAUGUGAACUGUGGCCACAGAACCAGGAGUUCUGGAGGGGUUGGUUACAGCGGUGCAAUUUUUCAUGAUGGAUGCACUCCCAAAAUUGAAUCUUUUUUGGUUCAGAAUUUUGUGUAUGUCUGCCUAGUUGCAUUUGGCGUGGCAGUAGUGCAGGUAAAGUUUUAA